GCCCCGGUUAUGCCAGAGGAACCUGAUGUCCUUGCUGAUGGCUGUCCGGCCAUCACUGCCCGAAAACAGGCUCCUCCCUGUGCUGCAGAUUGCCCAGCAAGACCCUGACCCCUGGCUACGAGCCCUAGGGGAAUUGCUGCAAAGGGAUCUGGGAGUUGGGGUCUCCACUGAGGGAGCAUCCCCACUGUCCAAAAGAUGCCAGAGACAGCUUCAAGGCCUGUGUAUGCGGCUGGGUCAGGGGGGCAGGAAGCUGAAGUUGCUUCAGAACCCAGACCCCAAGGAGAAAGAAGUGGACAAGGAGGAGGAACACGAGGACUCUCAGAAGCUUGGGAAACGCAGAAAGGAUCCAGAGGAGGAGCCUGCCAGUCCUGAGGGGGAGAGGGCCCCCAAAAGGUUCCGGUGUUUGGAAAGGGAGGAGGAGGAAGAUCAUGAGGAGGAGAAGACUGAACGUGAAUCAUUGGAAACCCUGGCAGAUGGAGGAGGUGCAUCAUCCAUUAAGAACCAGACUGUUGUGAGGACUGAGACCAAUGAGGCUGCUCAGAAUCUGGCAGAUGCUAAGGGCCUAGUUGAGAAUGUGGAGUUGCCCAAAGCUGUCCAGGACCAGCUUCCCAGGCUGCAGCAGCUGCUGAAGACCUCUGGGGAGGUGACUGGCCCCUACUCUGCUUACCAUAGCCAUUCCUCCACCUGGGACCUCAACCAUGCCCAGAGAAGCCCCAGUGCAGUGAGGCCCAGACUGAUGGGAGGAGUUGGGGGGUUGGAGGGCACCCCACCGGUUGAGCUGCAGCUUCUUCACGAAUGUAGUCCAAGCCAGGUGGACCUACUGUGUGCCCAACUGCAGCUUCCCCAGCUCUCUGACACAGGCCUCCUGCAGCUCUGCUCCUGGCUGCUGGCCCUUUCACCAGACCUCAGCUUCAGCAACGCUACCGUGCUGACCAGGAGCUUAUUUCUUGGACGGAUCCUCUCCCUGACUUCCUCAGCCUCCCGCCUGCUCAUGACUGCCCUGACCUCCUUCUGUGCCAAGUAUACCUACCCCGUCUGCAGAGCCCUCCUUGGGCCUGUGCUCCAGGCCCCAGGCACAGGUCCAGCUCAAACAGAGUUGCUGUGCUGCCUUAUGAAGGCUCUGGAGCCAGACACACAGGUUCUGAUGCUGGGACAGAUCUUGGAGCUGCCCUGGAAGGAAGAGACUUUCUUGGUGCUGCAGUCACUCCUGGAGCAGCAGGUGGAGAUGACCCCUGAGAAGUUCAGUGUCCUGAUGGAGAAGCUCUGUGAAGAGGGACUGGCAGCCACAACAUCCAUGGCCUAUGCUAAGCUUAUGCUGACAGUGAUUACCAAGUACCAAGCCAGUAUCACUGAGAUCCAGAGGCUAAGCCUGGCCAAGGCCUUAGAGCUCAACACCACCUUCCUGAGGAAGUCCCUGCAGGCUGCCCUAAGACAUCUCACCUCCUGACCAUCCACCGAGGGACCGCUUGUGGAGCUCCCUCACCAGAUUCCUGAAGGACACUUCUGUCCUGUUGAACUUGCCCUGACCCCUUGCCUGAGGGUAAAGGCUGAGCCUGGCUAUCCCAGGGACCAGCUGCCUACUUUCCCAGGCUCCAGAGAGGACAAGGGUCUUGUUUUUCCAGCCAGCAGGGCUGCUUCUGCCAGGGCAGGAUGAGCUGUCCUUUUCAAGGGCUGCUGACCCUGGGCUCAGUCCUCAUCACUUCCAUCUCAGGCUCCAGGGACAGAAACUUUCCACUAGGCACCUGUCUUAGUUAUCUAGAGCUGCUUUGCUAUAAAAGAAAUACCACAAGUGGAUGGCUUUAACAAAGCAAAGUUUAUUCUCUCACAGUUUAGGAGGCUAGAAGUCUGAAUUCA